AUGUGGAGCAAACUUGCUUUCCUAACUUCCUUGGCCCUCGUGGCACCUGUCCAAGCUCGACCAGGGGCUUACCCUCGCGAAGCAGCAGCUAACACUUCUGUAUCAACGGCGUUGUUGACAACCCCGCUCCAUACUGCCGCCCUUGCAGCUGGGAAGCUCUACUUUGGCUCUGCGACUGACAAUCCAGAACUCACCGAUGAGCCAUACGUCGCAAUUCUCAGUAAUAGAAACAUGUUCGGACAGAUUACUCCCGCGAAUAGUAUGAAAUGGGACGCGACCGAGCCCUCCAGAGGGGUUUUCACCUUCACGCAGGGUGAUGUUAUAGCAGACCUUGCAUCAUCUAACGGUCAGCUUCUCCGUGGACACAAUUGCGUGUGGUACAACCAGCUACCGAGUUGGGUGUCCUCGGGUGGGUUUGACAAUGCGACACUUACAGAAAUCGUUGCGACACAUUGUGGUACAUUGGUAGGACAUUACGCUGGAAGAGUGAAUUUAGAUUCCUGGGAUGUCAUCAAUGAGCCGUUCAACGACGACGGAACUUGGCGUUCGGAUGUUUUCUUCGACACCAUGGGCGAAUCUUUCGUCCCAGUUGCACUGAAGGCUGCACGUGCCGCAGACCCAAAGGCCAAACUUUACAUCAACGACUUCAACAUCGAAGGCCUUGGUGCUAAAUCCACCGCCAUGGUCAACCUCGUCAAGUCCCUCAAGGCUCAAGGUGUCCCUAUCGAUGGUAUUGGCAUUCAGUCGCAUCUUAUCGUCGGAGAGGUCCCUACGACUCUCAAAGAGAAUUUCGAGCAAUUCACUGCCCUGGGUGUGGAAAUUGCGAUUACUGAGUUGGAUAUCCGGAUGACUCUUCCAGAAACUGAUGCACUUCUCGCUCAACAAAAGGCUGACUAUAAGACGGUCGUCUCGACGUGCGAGACAGUGGAGAAAUGUAUCGGCGUGACUAUUUGGGAUUACACUGACAAGUAUUCGUGGAUUCCUUCCACCUUCCCUGGACAGGGAGCUGCAUUGCCGUGGGACGCGAAUUUGAUCACAAAGCCGGCGUAUGACGGGAUUGUGCAAGGAUUUGCGUAG